GAAUUAUUGAGUUAUUUAUAAUUUGGUUGAAUUUUCGUAUUUCAAAAAACCCUUUUCCUGAUCUCCCACAAAGCUCAAGUUUUUAACUUGUGCAUAUUGACUGCUCUCAUCCUUUUCCUUUCUAUUAUUGGUCGCCUUCGCUCUUUUACACAACACACAGAGAUACGUGUGUGUGUGUGUGUGUGUGUGUGUGUGUGUUUUUCUUGUAUUUAUAUAUAAGUAUUAGUUGGGCCUCUGUUGUGAAAUGCUACUUUUCUUCUUGAUCACUUGACUCCUCUUCCACAACUCCGCCAUUUCCCACUUGAAUAAAUGUCACCAAAAACGAAGGUCUCCGCCGCCUUGCCGGCGCCGGAGAUGUCGGUGCUGGACCUGCCGGAGCUGGUGCUGGAAUGCAUCCUGGAGAAGCUCCCGGCGGAGGGGCUGUGCCGAAUGGCGAGCGUCUGCACUUCCCUCAGAGACGGCUGCGGGAGCGAUCAUCUAUGGCGGAAGCAUAUGGAGAGCAAAUGGGGGCGAAUCAUCGGCGCUGCUGCAAACAGUGAAUGGGAGUGCUACAUCGCUUCAAGAAAAGGGUUGAACCAAGCCAAGCACAAGGGGCUGAUGGGGUAUCUCUUGGCGCUGAUUAGAUCUGCUUGGAGCGGCGGCGCUGGGAGGAGGACGACCUCUUCCGCCGUCGAUUCGGUUAUGUCUAAGUAUCUUGCUCUUGAGUCCGGCGACUUCUGGUUUCCUGCUCAGGUUUAUAACCGCGAGAAUGGUCAUGUUGGAUUUAUGUUGUCUUGCUAUGAUGCUAUGGUGAGCUAUGAUAGGAGAAGUGAGAGCUUCAAUGCCAGAUAUCCAGCUCAUGGAGCAAGGGCAAGUGCAACAGAGAGUGGUGUGACAUGGGAGAGGUUGAGAGCUCCCCUUGUUCCUACUUCACCACAUCACCUUCACAUCUCCGAUUGCUUACACGACCUCCACCCCGGCCAUCACAUCGAGAUCCAAUGGAGACGAAACAAAGACUUCCCAUAUGGUUGGUGGUAUGGCGUUGUAGGCCACUUGGAAACAUGCGAUGGCAACGCCAACUACUGCCGGUGUCACAAUAGUGCAAUGGUGUUAUGCAGAGACGGUGGUGCUGGAGUUCCGGCAGUACACGGCGGGAUCGCGUUGGAGGCGAAAAUUCAUCACCAGGAAGGACCAUAGAGAAGAAGGCAACGAGGUGGAUGGAUUUUAUGGAGGGAUUAGGAAAUUGAAUGGGGAAGAAGAGAUCUCUAUGUGGAAGAAGCUGUGGCCUGCUCAAGUUUUACACUGAAAUUAAUUGCUUAUCAAUCAAGCUAAGGAGAACUGUUUGAUGAAGACAAACAAGAUUAGUGGCAUUAUUUGUUGAAGCUAUAGCUCAUGAGCUUAGAUUAUUUUUGAGCUAGGGGAAUGUAUUUCUUGUCUCACUAAGAAGCUGUAGCAAGUAAUGUAUGAUAUGGCUCCAUUAAUUCUUAAGGUGUAAGAUAAGGCCAAGUGGCAAUAUACAAAUGUAUCCACUUUUGAUUAUAAAAAAGUCAAGCGUGCUAAUUUUUAUUUUA